CAUGUCGAUGCGGCUGUGAUUCCGCUUUAAUCAAACGUUAUGCGAGCAGACGCCUGUUUGCUUUCACAUUCACAGCAAAUACCACAGCUUUAAAUACCACAGCAUCUUUCGUAUCCGUAUACCCUUUCAACGACAGGACUGAGGACACCAGCAAAGCAAAAAUUUCAAUACCUGACUUUGGCCACCGGCGCAAUGGCGAGCCUGAGCAAGACUGCGACUACUAGAACGCCGAGGAGAGUAGAAGUAAACCAGCGUGCACUGGUCGAUAAAGUGCUCGCUCGAUAUCCAGAAGAGUUUACAGUAUUCCGAGAACUAUUACAGAAUGCUGACGAUGCUAGAGCCACGAAGGUCCUUAUAGAGUUUCAGACGAAGGACUAUGUUACACAUUCUGCGGGAGCAAACGGCAAGACAAAUGGAAUCAAUGGCACCACCGAUAUCCCGGACUUGCUCACAACGAAGUUGUUCAAAUGGGUUGUUCGCAACAAUGGUGAUUAUUUCGAAGACAAGGACUGGGGACGACUGACGAAGAUUGCGGAUGGCAACCCGGACGAACAGAAGAUCGGAGCAUUUGGCGUUGGGUUCUACAGUGUCUUCGGUAUUACCGACAGCCCGCUGGUCUUGUCUGGAGGAAAAAGUCUGUCGAUAUUCUUUCAGGGCGAUCAGCUAUAUACAUUGGACGAUGCUUGUUCCCAGAGCGAAUGGACUUCCAUCGAAAUGGUGCUGAAAGAAGAUAUGCAAGUUCCGGUCCCGAAGCCAUUCGACUUGGCCCGGUUCUUGGCAGCUACCAUGACAUUCAUGUCAAGUGUGGAAAACGCCCAUGUUUCCUUCGACAACAAAGUCUUCAUGAAGAUCGUCAAGUCAAGACAAGUACCCAGUCCGAUUCGUGUUCCCAAAGAUAUGAUACCGAGGAGCAAGGAGGACACGAUGCAUAUCAAGGGACUUUCGGUAGUUACCCAAGGAAUUACUGUUGAACUCACGGACUGGGCACGCGCCGCCGGAACGAAGAUAACAUCUGCACAUCGCUCUGGCAAUGAAAAUCUAUCGAAGGAUCCUGUGAAACGCAAAAGUUUUUGGGAUGGCUCAAAGCGUGAAGCCCCCAAAGUCGCCAAAGUCACCAAAGCUGUGUCUCGAGCGUCUACUUAUGACCACCCGCCCUGGUUGACCUACAGUGCCAAAUAUGCUGUAUAUUCGGCUCAAGUUACAACUAGUCCUAGCAAGGACCUUCAUAAGGGCUUAAGAGCAAUGACGAAGAAGGAUCCUCCUUCCCACUUUGAUUUUGAGAUGGUCUACUUCUCCAAAGAGGAGCAGGAUGCAAGAACAGCAGAGGAGAAAAGCGAUCCAGACACGGGAAGCAUAUUCAAGGGGCCGCAAGGUCUGUUUCCCCAACUAGACGGGGAAUAUAUGUCUCGGAUCUUCAUCGGUCAAAGUACAGCGCAAACGACUGGUAUUAGUGGGCACAUGUCUGGCCGGUUUAUUCCCACUGUCGAACGAGGAUCCAUCGAUCUAACAAACGGCCAUAUCGCAAAAUGGAAUCAGGAACUCCUGUAUGUAGGUGGGUUCCUUGCGAGGCUCGUAUAUGAACAGGAGAUCCGCAAGGUCCAGGAUGCUUGGCCUACGGUCAACGGUGUUGUUGUCCCGACUGCUGACGCUCGAGCGUCAGCUUCAAGAGAGAAGGCCUCGUAUGCCAUGCGCUACUUCACGUUCCAACCAUCCACUCCGGAUGCCAAAGUGUCAAGAAUCUUGCAAGAUGCAUUUUUCGACUGUUUCGACUAUUACUCCAACGUUCAUUUCCCCAUCUUGACGAAUUCUGGUAUUCGUUACACCAAGGACGUUCGGGAGAUUCACGCUGACUUCUCCUCCUUCAUGAAAAUGGUGCCUACACAACUUCCGACAUCACCUGGCGACCCACCUAGUUUAGUUGACAUUCUCCCUGAGAAGUAUGGUGUCCGGACGUACACGUUUUCGGACGUGGUGAAAGAACUACAAGGAAGGAUUUUGCAAGAAGAAGAAAUGAUCGGUUGUCUGCGGUGGUGGGUCAACUUCAUAAGUUCGCUUGAAGCUGAUGAAGAAAGGGAAACAACCCUCACGUUCCUCUCCAAUCUGACGGACAAUGCCAAGUCGCGAAUUGGGAAUUCUACGCGUGUUAUAGAACUUCACAAUAUCACCAAGUUUGUCGAUGCCAGUGUGUGGCUCCCUUGGCUUCAGUCGGACGAUGCUCUUCCUCCAGACACCAUCCCGUUUUCGUUUACCAGGGCUCUCGACCGACGACAUAUUUCCCCAUCUCUUUUGUGGCAGCCAAUGACACUCGUGGACUGGCUGAGUCAUUUAAUAAGCCCUCAGAUAGACGCGGCUCAUGACAUCCGCAAAAAACUCUAUAUAUUCUAACCGUGUCUUGGCGGUUCUGGGGAACAUCUGGCCUAUGAUGUCCAGUGACAUGAAAUCCGAGGCAAAGGAUCUCAUGCAGGACGUCCCAUGGAUCGCAACGAAUCUGGGAUUCCGGACCCCUGGUGGAGCGUAUUUUCCAGAAGCAGACGUCUUCCGUGAUUUGCCUGUUGUCUCUGUCAACCUGUUCGAUCCACAGAUUCUCACUGUACUCGGCGAGUUUGGGGUCAAGCGGCAUCUUAACUUUGAAGAGUUGUUUGCCAAGGCGGACAAAUUGAGCACGUGGUCGGCGAUGGAGAUGAUCAGAUAUCUUAGCACUGACCCAGACGCCAUGGAGAGGCUGGAGGAUAUCAGGAAAUACGCUGUAUUCC